AUGAGUUUCUACCCCGUCUUCCUCGUCCAAGAGCACGGCGAACCACGCAAACACCACUCCCUGUGGGUGCAGACCGCCAACGCCCGCGGCGUCCUCUUCAACGUCAUCGGACCAGUCGACAACGGCGCGAUGCAGUACGAGAGGAAGCCGACCUUUGCGCACCCUUCCAAUGCGGUGGCGUUUGCCGGUAUGACUGAGAUUGGGCACGUUGCGGAAAGUCACCCUGCCGCGCGUGGACGAGGUCUGCCGCGGAAAUCAGCCGCCGCUCAUGCAGAUGCGCGACGGCGUGCGACUCUACCCAGCUGUGCCGCGCGCCGCUGCCAGGAAUGGAUGGCGGAGACAAUUGGGCUUUUGAAGACGGCGGGCAAUUCUGGUGGUGAAAUAACGGUGUACGAUGGAUUGAUGGGGAUCUCUGAACAGGCAUAG